CGUUUUCAGCCAAUCAGCGCUGCCGCGUCAUGCGGAAGCGUAAUGGCGGAGAGUGAAGCGGCUCACGAGUUCUGCAGGGAUAAGAAACGUAAAGCAAGCACGGAAGAAAUGAGUCCUGAGGGGUUGAGUAGACAUUCUUUCCAAGAGUGCUUCUCUUCCUUAAUCGAUUCGGUCACAAAGUUUAGCAACGAGCUGAAAAUAAGACCUGAGGUUUUAAGGAUCACUGCCAAUGUGAGUGCUCUUAACUUCACUCAACUACAACCAUCGCAUGUGUACAGCUGUUUACAGCAGCACAUCUCCAAGUUGCAGACUGUGUCAGUACAUCUGAAACAAAUAUUGGAUGCUGAGAGCCCAUCUCAUUCAGCCAAUAAUGAAAAAACAGAGAAAUCCAAGAAUAAGUUGGCAGCAACAUCUGAAGAAGAGAUAGUGGUAGACCAAGAGCUCUCUCCUACCACAUCACAUCAACACAGUGCUUCAAAAGACAAAGUGAUGUCCCAACAUGAUGAGUGCAGAUCUGUUCAAAUCAAAGCUGGCAAAGCUGAGAUUGAACGUAGGAUCUCUGCAUUUAUAGAGCGCAAACAGCUGGAGAUCAAUGAAAACAAUGUGCGGGAGUUUUGCAAUGUGAUCAACUGCAAUCGGGAAAACAGUUGUGCCAGAACAGAUGCAGUCUUCACACCCUAUCCAGGUUUCAAAAGUCAUGUCAAAGUGACUCGAGUAGUGAACACGUAUGGGCCCCAAACCCGAGGUGGGCGCUCUGAGCAUGGAGAGCAGCAGCAGGGGUCGUACAGCAGAGACUGUGGAAACCCUGUCAUCGAGGAACGGCUACACAACAUAGAAGCUCACCUGAAGCUAACGGCAGGUCCUGUGCCUCAGAGCAUUUACCAGCGGCUAAAAAAGUUAGAGGAUCGAAUCUUGGAGCUCGAGGGUCUUUCCCCAGAGUACUUCCACUCCAUGAGUUAUUCUCACAAACGUCCGAAAAUCUCGGUUUCUCAGAGCUACAGCCUGUCUGAGAUAGAUGGGAAGAUCAGUGCAGUUAGAAGUGCUUUACUGAAGAGAGCAAGCGAGUUCCAGUCCAGAGAUGUCAGGGAGUUUCCAUUCUGACAAACACACAGAUGAUAAACUCUGUACCUCCAUCCUGAAGAGUUGUCUUUUUUUUCUGUACACUUGAUAUCAUGAAUUGAAAAUGAACACUGUUUUCACUUGCUACUCAUCUGAUUCGAGUUGAGAGCAUCUGUACAUGCUGUCAUUUUCAUUUUUGUAGAUAGAAUUUUUUUUUUUGUCUACAAAGGCAUUGACUAUUUGAAUAUUUUGCAUGCACACACACACGACAUAUUCACAUUUUUUAUGCAGUCUGAGGCUAAUAUUUUUCAGCUUUUUGAUUGUUUUAUCACUACUAGCUUUGAUCCAAUGAACUCAUUUAUAAGGAGAAUAUGCAUUUAUUUAUCUCAAGUAAACACUUUCACUUGAAUCUGGAGUGCAUCCUGGGAAAACUGAGUAUGUGUCAUGUUUUUUGAGAUGGGGGAAACGGGAGAACCAGAACGAAACCCACACAGACGAGGAGAAUUCUGACUUUUCCACUCAUGAUAUAGCCAUAAGGGAAAGAUUAGUAGGUCUGUAGGAUGAAAUAAAGUAAAAACAGACAACCAGCUAGACAUACAUUUUAAUAUAGCUUAGCAAUAUUUUCUUUUUUUUUCUAAUUAUAUAUAUAUAUAUAUUAUAGUAAAAUAUAAAUUAGCUUUUCAGGCUGAUGUGUAGAUUUAUAUUUUUUUUGUUAUUUGUAAAAUGAUUUUAUGAUGUUGUGAUGAACAGGUCUGUAACAAAAUGCCUUAAAGAUAAAUUAUAGAAAAAUUUAACAGUGUAACCUUCAGGACAAAAAGUGUGUGUGUCUGGUGAGAGAUCAGACUGAUUGUGGGAUGGCAGGCAGUGUGCGAUCAGAGCACGGUUGUGCAUUUCUUGCUCACCUCUGCAGCCUGCCACUGCAACAAAUGACCUGAUUACGGAUUCCCCACGCUAUGAACAGACAAUUAGCCUGUAAAGAUUGCUCCCUUUCUUCUGACCAAGAGCCUGUGUGAAGCCACAUGUGCAGCGGUUCACCCAGGAGCUCCAGUCACAUUUUGCCCUACAGAGGCCGAGAUGAUUACAGUGAUUUGAGCCUCUGUGUUCAUUGCGUUAUAUACUGACCACUGUCUGCUGUGUUUGAAAUUCAUGACUAAUGAGACGAUUCUUUUGUUGUGGAGGAAAUUAGAGUUUAGAUGAGUGGAAUGGUAAGAUUAGCACAACAAUGACUAAUCAAUGCAGAAGCUGACAGUGUGUACUGGACAGAAGGAUUUGAAUUUAUUGUGUCAUUUUAAAAGUACAAAGUAUGUGCACUGUAAUAAUGAUGUAUAAUCAUAUCUAAUGUACUGUAGCAGCUCUAUAGCAGUGGCGGGGUGUGGUUCUUGCAGUCUUUAUACGUAUAUGUAGGUCUGAACAACAAUAGAUUGAAGUGUGUUAUGAAGGUGUUGUUUUCACUUCUUUAACCUGGGGUUAAUGUGUCAUUGAGCAUUUGUUAGAUUUUUUUCUUCAUUCACUUUGCAAAAAUAAUUAAAUGGAUACUAAACUGACCUUUCCUUCGAUAGGGUGACAUCCUUAUCCUUUAUCUGUUUGUGAUAUGUAUAUAUCUAUAUAAUUGUAUAGUGUACCUUUUAAAAUAAUUACAUGGAUCCAAAUGAUGUUCUUUAAAGGUACACAAUAUUUCUAGGUUAAAGAUGCAUACUGUAAUAAAGCUGCAAAAGGUGUAUGUUUGUUGGGUUUCAGUUUUUUAACCUUUUUCUGAGACCGUGUAUGUUAUUAAUUUAGUUGUAUUUGUCAGAUAUUUUUAGGUUUUUUUAUUUAUUUAUCAGACCUGGUGUACAGUGAUGAGUAAUAAGGAGCCCUAUUUGUAGUAUUAGUGCUUUCAGGGCUGAUGACUGCAAAGGACUCUGGCAAGUUAUGUCAGUUUUUUCUUUUGUUAAAAUAAAUGGUUAAUUUCUUUGUA